CAUGUUUUUUAUUCUUUUGUUUUAUUUUUUAUUUAUAUUUGUAUUUUUUCCACUCUAUUAAAAGCAAAGGAAGAAGAAGAGUGAGGAAGAGGAGAUGGAGAUGGAGCAAUCAUCGAGAGUGGAUCGUAAGACUGUGGAGAAAAACAGGAGAAUUCACAUGAAAACCCUCUAUUCCAAGCUCAGCUCCCUCAUCCCAAAGGACCCAAACUCCACCCCAAAGGAGGUUACACUACUUCCGGAUCAGCUCCAAAAUGCUGCGAAUUACAUAAGAAUUUUACAAGAAAAUAUAGAGAAAAUGAAGGAGAAGAAGGAUUCUCUAACGGGUAUUGACGAAAUAAACCAAAGUAUGAAUGAGGGAAUGACAAUGGACUUGCAAUCUCCUUAUAUUGAAAUUCAAGAUCUGGGUUCGGCUUUGAUGGUGGUUUUGAUUAGUGGGUUGGAUAAUCAUAAUAUGUUCUAUCAAUCAAUUCGAAUUCUUGAAGAAGAAGGAGCUGAAGUUGUGAAUGCCAGUUUUUCUGUUGUGGGCGAUAAGGUCUUUCACACAAUACAUUCCAUGGUUCCUGACCCCAAGGUUGGAUUUGAAGCUACAAAUAUAUCAAAAAGACUAAGAAGCUUGUCCAAGAAUGCUUGAAGGCUCCUUGAAGGUGUUGGCUUUUCAAAUUGUUUUCCAAGGGAAAUACUAGAUCAAAAGUUUAACUAGUCUAAUGAGCUAUUUUCUAUAAGUAAAUAUGGUCUUCAGUAUGUAGGUUUGGGAUCACUAGAGCAGUCUACAUGCUUUCUUGGGAAAUAAAGUUUCCUUUAUAAGGAAACCACAUUAUAUCUU